AUGGGAAUUUAUUCGAAUUGAUAAUUGAUGUGGAUUGCACAAAUUACAAAACAAAAAACAUAUGUGCAGAUUGUGAUAACAAAUGUUCUUAUAAUUUUUUAAAAUUUUACAAGAAAUAAACCAUGGAUAUUCCGCUGCUUCUAGCCAUCGCAUCAGCCGUGUUCAUUAUAAUAAUAAGUUUAACUUUUUACCUCAAAUCAAAGUCUCAAGAAAAAUCUGAGCGACCCAGGCCCCUCCCUAAUCGGCCCAGAGAAGGCGCUCCAAGGAGAGCACAAGUUGCUAGAAAUAGAGGGGCUCGUUUGAGAGCUAAUGUUCAAAAUCAAGAUGACAACGAUUCAGAGGUAGAAGAAGCUCAAGAAAGACAUGAUAUCAAAUUGCCAGAUGGAAAAGUUGGGGCCAAAAAGAUGGCAAAACUUGAAGCCAAGGCUGAGAAAAAAGCCGCUAGAGAAGCUGAAGAACACAUAAGAGCUGAAAGGAAGAAGAAAACUGAACUAGAAGAAGCAGAAAGACUAAAACAAAAAGAACAAGAGGAUGCUAAAGAAAAGGAAAGGGAAGAAGCUGAGAGGAAAAUCAAAGAAGAAAAAGAACGUAAGGAACUUGAAGAAUACUUGCAAAUGAAGGAAGCUUUUUCAGUUGAAGAAGAGGGUUAUGAAGAAGGUGAAGAAGGGGAGUCACAAAACCUACUCCAAGAAUUUGUUAACUACAUCAAACAAAACAAAGUAGUUAUCAUUGAAGAUCUGGCAGCACAUUUCAAACUUAAAACUCAAGCAUGUAUAGACAGAAUUAAAGACCUCCAAAAAGAUGACAUAUUGAGUGGAGUCAUAGACGACAGAGGAAAGUUUAUUUUUGUAUCUCCUAGUGAAAUGGAAGCUGUAGCAAAGUUCAUUAGGCAAAGAGGCAGAGUUUCAAUAACUGAAUUAGCUGAGAGUAGUAAUCAAUUGAUUAACUUGGUACCAUCUAGCACAAGUUGUACUUAAUUAUAUGUAACCUUUGUAUUUUGUGUACAUAAAUAAAAUGAUUGUCAAUAAGUGAAAAAACAUUUAUUUUACCAAUAAUCAUAAUCAAAAGAGAAAAUAUAAAUUCAUUAUAAAAAGCAAAUUAAUUUGAAUAUGUUUUUUUGUAUUUUUUUAAUUUCAUUUGUGUUGUUUACUCAUCAUUUUCAUCUUCAGACGCCUCUUCUUCACUUGUAACAUCUGGAUCGUCACCUUCUGAGAUACACUUAGGACAAAGACAAGUGAAAAGGUAAUUCUCUUUCAAAUAUUUUUGUCUGGAAUGUCUUGACCUAUGCAGUUCGCACUCAUCCAGAUAGCUGAUGCAAAUUUCUUCACCUGGCUCUAUGUUCUUCUUGGACACAAGAGAUAAU